AUGGACGUCACCCGCAUCACGGAUGUCACCUGCACCACGGAUGUCACCCGCACCACGGACGUCACCCGCAUCACAGACAUCACCCGCAUCACGGACGUCACCUGCAUUAUGGACGUCACCUGCACCACGGACGUCACCCGCAUCACGGACGUCACCCGCAUCACGGACGUCACCCGCACCACGGACGUCACCCGCAUUACGGACGUCACCCGCACCAUGGACGUCACCCGCACCAUGGAUGUCACCCGUAUCAGGGACGUCACCCGCACCACGGACGUCACCCGCACCAUGGACGUCACCCGCACCACGGACGUCACCCGCACCAAGGACGUCACCCACAUCACGGACGUCACCUGCAUCACGGACAUCACCCACAUCACGGACGUCACCCACACCACGGACGUCACCCGCAUUACGGACGUCACC